GUUCCGCAAUAUUCGCUCUGGAUUUGAGGAUUUGGGAAGAACCGGGACGCCCUGCUGCACCGCCCAGCGUAACAAAACCUGUGAAGAUGAGGUUUUACAAGAAGGAAGCAUGGAUAAAGAAAUUGAGGAAAUUGUCAGAGCAGUCCUUGCCAACUUAGACUGCCUCCAGCCCUUCUUCACUCAACAUUUCAUCAUUUUUCCUUACAAAAAGAACUGGGGAAAAGUGUGCAAACACGAUGCGAAGAAGCUGUCAUUCUAUCCCUUUGCUAUCAUCCUCUACCUGGAGAAGAACACAUUCGUUGGGAAUCAAAGAGAGAAGACAAAGGAAAUGCAGAUCAUUCCCACUUUUUCUGAUGAGCCAAGGCCAAAGCGCAGCCGCGGGGACUCACCACUAGAGGACGCCAUUAUUAAACGACUAAUGAAAGACAUGGAGGCUGAAAGCAGCAAAUCAGUGACUGAGAUGAUGGAGUUGGAGCAUCAGCACACAGUGGAGGAGGAAGCGCAGGAUUCAGCAAUUCCUGAAGAGCCUCAGAUGACACAGUUCACAGCAGAGAAGGACAGCAUGCCUGAGAAACCAGGGAUUCUCAAGCAACUCAUCAGGAAGGUCUUCCCUUUCAUCUUCAGACCUCCUGAAGAUUAAACAGAACUAAUAACUGUGCACAAACCACCUGGGGAACGCUUUACCUGUGCACACCUGCUGGGAGAGAAAAAUGGCGGAGAACAUGCUAUGAUGGGCCCAUUAAAGAAGCCAGACCAAGAAGCCAAAAAACUAAAUUAUAAUCUGUUUAUUGUU